AUGGGCAACACCACGUCUGUCGACCCAAGCCCGCUGGGCGUCUCGCCGGAAGAGGGCAAGGUGCUGGCGUCGUCCACCAUUCACCGUGACGUGUUCCUCGCCCACCUCGCACCCUUUAUCGGCACAGGCGCCGCUACCGCUGUCUUUACCGCCUGCGUCGCCCACUACGAGCCAUGCCCGUCGGCAGAAGCAACCGCCCGCGCAGCUGCCGAAGUCAUGACCGGCGAGCAGUUUGCAGCAGGCCUCGCCAGCCUGCUCGGCAAGGCCUCGUCGGAUUUCACCGCCCUGCCCUCGCUGCUAGCCCUCACCUGGGUCAGGCCGUAUGUGACCCACGCGCGCGCGGCUACGGCCCGGCUCAUGGCCCCGGCUGCGGAUGCAGCGCCCUCGGUUGCCUCGACUGAGGAUGUCGGCCUCCUUCUGCAUCUGGUUCUCGCCGAUGCGCUCGCCGUCGUCUUUGACGGCGCGCUGCCUGACGACGAGCCGGCGUGGGAGGACGAGCUCGAAGCCUUUGUGGCGCGCACCGCCGCCGCCGCCGUCGCCGAGGCCGCCAAGCAUGGCAUCCGCCGCUCCCCGAAAACCAUUGUUGCCCAUUUGCUCCGCACCCGCCUCCCGGGCCUCGUUCCCAACAUGCUUUCGGCGCUCAUCGCCGGCCUCGAGGCCGCCGCGGGCGCUGCCGCCGCCGCAGGCGUCAUCACCAUUGGCUCCAACAAAAUUGCCCAGCAUGUGCCGGCUACAACCAAUUUUGUUGUCCGCGCCUCUGCGCUUGAUGCCGCCAGCCUCGUUCCAGUCGGCGUCGAUCUCGGCGCAGCGCCCAAGCUCGCGCUCGCGCUUGUUCUUCUCACUGGCCGCGCCGCACUCCUCCCGCGGACACGCACGCCAGCAGACGAAGCCAGCUCAUCCGCCCGUGCGCGUGCGGCGCCAGACGCCUCCUCCGGCUCGGCCGAUGCCUCCGUCUCGAUUGACGACCUCGACUCGCCGGUCCUCUACGACUCGGCCGUCCACGGUCAGGCUCUUUCGUCUCUGGUGGCGCAGGUGGCGCAGUACCGCGCGCCGUCGCUGCUGGUUGCGUCCGGCGCCGACUUUUCGCUCGGCGUCCUCAUUGCCCACGAGUGGCCGGGCUCCCCAUCGAACCCGCUCGCCAACAAGUUCUUUGGCUCACCAGCGUGUGUCCUUGUCUCGUUUACGCCUCGCCUGGAGGUCUGCGCCGUCACCGGCCCGCGUGACAACUUUAUGUACCUGUACAAGCCACCCCAGGGCUCAACUUCGCCGGUCAAGUCAAGUGAUCCGUCGCGCGCUCCGGUCUCGUGCCUCGCCUUUGGCGGCCGACACGGCUCGUUCCGCCUUCACCUUCCCGAAAUGCUCAACAGGGUUCACGCCCGCGCUGUCGGCACCACCUACGCCAAUGGGGUACUUAUUGGCGAUGGCGACGAGGCCGCUGCAGACGUCGAUCGCGUUGUCGUUUUUGGCCUCGGUGGCCCCGACGCCCGCCUCGCCCACGCCCACGCCCUCAAGCGCACCGACGCCCUCAUCCAGCAGCGCCGCAAGGUUGAUCGCGCCGCCCUCGCCGACAAUGCCGACCGCGCCAUCCUCGAACUCGCCGGCGCCCACGACACCACCGCUCGCGCCCGCGUCGCAAACGAGGAGCGCAAUGCAUAG